AUGGUGAACUUUUACUACGACCCUUUUUCUUAUAUUCCUGAUACCGAGUACCCUAGUCAGCGCAACAAUUCAAAUGGAACAGAAAUAUUGGAGUAUUCGGGAUUGCAACCUACAGUAAUCUCAAAUUAUAUUCCAUAUGGAAACUCGUGUCAUCAAAAUGUGCCGUGUCAACAGACUUAUUUUAACUCUUCAAAUGGAUAUCCACAACACAUCACGUCACAUCAAAAUUAUCAACAUCCUAAUUAUUUUCCUGAUUUACAACCUCCGACACUCCAUUAUCAACCGUAUCAGCCACAAUUCAAAUAUGGCAGAUUAUUCACCACUGAACAAAUUUAUGCAAUGGAGCAAAAGUUCAAAGUAGACUGCUUUAUUUCUCCCGAAGAGGCAAUUGCUUUGGGAGAGAUGAUAGGUUUGACUAAAAGUCAGAUCCUGAGUUGGUUUGAAAGACGGAGAGCUAAACAGAGAGCCAUUGAUUCCAAAAAGAAGGAUGGAGGUUGGAAACCGGAACAAUUUGAUCUCACUAUUGGGAGCUCGGAAAACUCUAGAUCUCAUCACAAUCCAUACCGACAUCCUCAACACACCAUGACACAGUUCCCCGGUUCCCAAUCUUCGUAUCCAAAUUAUCAACAACCUCAUUAUCAACCAUAUCAGCCACAACUGCCAGUUCAUAAGAGGAGAACAGUAUUCACUGAUGAUCAACUUACUUUAUUGGAGGAAGCGUUUCAGAAAAACGACAAAAUCACCCCAGGAGAGGUGCAAACAUUGAUGAAACAGACUGGUCUGAGCAAUGCCCAAAUCAGAACAUGGUUCAACAAUCGGAGACAAAGACAGAAGCAAGAAAAUAAGAUAAAUCUGAAAAUUCAGUCAUUAAAAGAAGGAUCUACAGUAUUGGUUAGCGGCGAAAACUCCAAAUCAAAUAAUAGUUCAUACUGA